AUGGUCUCUCCAGCAGCUCCAGGUUUGUUCUUCUGCUUUGCAGCUAUGAGCUUGUUAAUCUUCGCAUCCGUCUCACCUCCAGCAUGGGAUAAAGUCGAUUUCCUUCAUGCUAGCAGCUCAACCGGACAAAUAGUCUACGGAGUAUUUGGCUACUGCACAAAAGGAGGGUCAUGUAGUCACAGAUCACUGGGAUACGAUCUGACCAUUCCUGGUGUCGACGCAACACUAAACUCCAAGGUCCUCCAUAACCUCACCUACACUCUCAUCCUUCACCCAAUCGCCGCAGGUAUCGCUUUCUUUGCUCUCGUAUUCGGAAUCAUCGCAGCCGCCGCCGCCUCGAGAAUAGCUACCAUUUUCAUGGCCCUUCUGUCUGCUUUCGGAGCCUUGGUCACCCUUGUCAUCUUUGUCAUUGACAUGGUCCUUUGGAACAUCAUCAAGGACAGAAUCAACGACGCUGGAGGUUCAGCCAAAUUGGGUAACGCAAACUGGUUCACACUCGGUGCUUGGGCUGCUCUCUCCCUCGCUAUGUGCUGUUCAAUUGGUGGUGCUUUUGGCCGAUUUGCAAAUGGAAGAUUCGGAGGAGAGAAAUACUAA